AUGCUAGAGCAGAUAGCAACACGUAAAGAAGAAGUAAGGCAGGAAAUCAAGGAAACGUUUGAAGAGCUUAAAGCUGCUUUAGAUAAGAGAUGCAAUGAUCUACUAAUGGAGACAGAAGAGAUUGCUAGUGCUAAGAGGAAUUCUGUCGAGAAGCAGUUGGACGGGUUUCGUAAACUGGUAAAACAGGUUUCUCAUGGUCAUCGUAUUGCAUCAUCAGUGAGUGAGCGUACUGAUCCAGGUGAAGUUCUGAGUGUUAAGAAGCUAAUCACCAAUCAACUAGAGGAAUGCAUUGAAGAGUAUAAGAAACUACCUCUAGAAAUAGAAGAAAUUGAAGUGAUUAUAGCACGUCUGGGUACACCUGCUUUAAGUAAAGAAAUCAGUAAGUUUGGAAGUGUCUUAGUAGAUAUAGAUGCAUACUCCAUUGAGAGUGGGUUAGCUAUUCCACUGGCAACAGUAAAGAAAGAAAGGAAAUUCAAAGUGGCUCUACCAGCAGGCAUUGAUAAAGCAGCAAGCUAUUUGAAGGCUUCCUUUAUCAAAAUUGAUGGCAGUAAAGAGGAGGGUAGAGUUGUUAUAGUUAACGAUAACAACACAGCCAUUGUAUCAUGCACACCUCAAAGUAUUGGUGGAUAUGAACUAUCAGUGACUAUAAGAGGUCACCAUAUUAAAGGUAGUCCUUAUCAACUGUCAGUAAAAGCACCAAGAGACUAUACCACACUAACUAACCAGAGAUCCUUUAAUGUGGAGAAUUAUACAGGUGGUGUUGCUGUUCAUACUAAUGGUGAAGUAUUUGCUAGUAGUGAUGGGUUUGUUCAGGUAUUUAGUGAGGAUGGUACUGCAGUAAGAAUGAUUGGAUCUAAAGGUUAUGGUAAUGGACUGUUUGAAUGUCCUUUUGGUUUAUUGCUGGUAGGAGACAGGCUCUAUGUGUCUGAUGCUAAUCUUAAUCGUGUGCAGUAUUUCUCAGCUACUACUGGUCAGUAUAUUGGUCAGUUUGGUAGUAGUGGUAAUGGAAAUGGACAAUUCUCUAGUCCUCAUGGUAUGUCUACUGAUGGUAAAGGCAAUAUAUUAGUAGCUGACUAUGGCAACAGUAGAGUACAAGUGUUUAAAGAAGAUGGUACAUUUGUACAAGUCAUACAAUGUGAUGGUGCUGCAACUGAUGUAGCAAUUGAUAAUGAAGGAAAGAUAUACGUUACAUUUUACAAUAAUCCAAAUAAUGUUCAAGUUUUCUCUCCUGAUGGUAAACAUCUUCUUCAUACAUACAAUAAUCCUCAUGUUGGCUCUAGUCGUCUUCAAGGUGUUGCUAUUGAUGAUGAUGGACAUAUCCUAGUAUCUACUUUCGAGGAUAUAAGCAAGUCUUGUGUUUAUGCAUUGAGUCCUGAUGGGAAACAAGUCGAAUUAAUCUCAGGAUUAAGGAAUCCACAUGGUAUAGCACUGGAUAAGGAUGGAUAUAUUUAUGUUGCUGAAUAUAGCAAAAGACGUAUAAUGAAAUAUUAA